AUAAGGAGCUUUUUGCGGAGACAGGCGGCAAUGCGAAAUGAAUUUGCAGCUUUGCUUGCAGAGCAUACACGCAUACCCUCAAGCGACAGAGUCAGUCAGUUCUCCAUCACGGGAGGCAGCAAGAGAGUGGAAGACAUUCUGUGCCGAAAUCAUGGCGCCCAAACGAGAGCCAUCACUCAAGAAGUCGCCGUCGACUGGAACUACACCCAGGCUGGGUCCGCCCUUCCCCUCACUUCCACCAGCCCCUGCACCCCCAAGGUCUGUUCCAGAGUUAAAGCCUCGAAUGCUUCGUCCUUCUGAUGGACCCUUUGACCCCAGCACAGUGGAGUCUGACUUCACGGAAGACCAAAUCCUCGAGUUCAAGGAGGCGUUCCUGCUGUUUGACCGGACGGGCGAUGGGAAGAUCAGCUACAGCCAGUGUGGGGAUGUCAUGCGGGCCUUGGGCCAGAACCCCGUCAACGCUGAGGUGCUCAAGGUCCUGGGGAACCCCAAAGCCGAGGAGAUGAACCACAAGAUGCUGGACUUUGAGCAGUUUCUGCCCAUGCUGCAGGCCAUUGCUAAAAACAAGGACCAGGGCUCCUUCGAGGACUUUGUGGAGGGCUUGCGUGUCUUCGACAAGGAGGGCAAUGGCACAGUCAUGGGUGCUGAACUGCGCCACGUCCUCACCACGCUGGGGGAGAAAAUGACAGAGGAGGAGGUAGAAACACUUUUGGCAGGACAUGAGGAUGCCAACGGUUGCAUCAAUUAUGAAGAGCUCGUCCGGAUGGUCAUGAGUGGAUGAAGAUAUCAAGAACAUGCCUGAUUUUUUUUUUUUUUUUUUUUUAAAUCAUAAGAUUUUUUUUCUGUUGUGUUUUUUUUUCCCCUCUGCACUGUAAUCUCCUCUAUAUAUCAAGCCCCCCCCCCCAUUUUGUUCUCAUUACAGUUUUAUUUUAAGAAGUGCCUUUAUCUGCUUGUGUAGAAGUCCCCCCCCCCCCCCCCCCCCCCCCCGAUCUUGUCCAUUGAUCCUUAAACCACAAGCAUGCAUGAACAGAGCGCAUAAAUGGGGAUCCAACCUGCAAUAAAGUUCAACUAGUUAUAACAUCCCCAACUCAAUGCACCGGUGUAGGCUAUAUAUUAAAUGGCUCAUCUGCGCAUCAUCAGACUGCUGCCGAGAAUGAGCUGUAGAGGGGUAACUAGUGAUUGGCUGAGACCAUUGCUUCCCUGUGAAUGGUAGAGCUUUGAAGUCAAGCUAUCACUCUAAGCCAACCUGUCAAGAAUUAAAAGUAGUGUGGUCAAAUUCCUUUUUUGGUUAUGAUUUUUUCCUGUACUUUUGUUGCAUUGUUCAGAAACAAUAAAUAUACCCAGUUCCUGGAAUUUGA